AUGUUGGACGCGCGAGUCAACGCCGUCCCUUCCCCGCCGCACUUCUCCGCCGCUCCUUCCUCCCUUUUUGACCGCAAUCGCGCGAUGAUGACGUCAGACGCCAUGACGUCACACCCCAACUCGAUGACGUCAGGCCGCAAAGCUGUAUCGCCAGGGCAUAAACGAGUCUUAGCAGGGCGCGGGGAAGCGGAGCCGACAGGGGCGCGUGGCGACGAUAGCGCGAUGGCGAUGGAAGAUGAUUGCUUCUUAAAGCCACCGGGCGCGGAGGGGCGCGCGGAUGGGCGCGCGGGGGUAGGGGCGGAGCUGCGGGAGGGCAGUCCGGGGCGCGAUGGCGCGCUGAUGGGCGCCCGCGCGCCUGUCGUGCGCGAUGGAGCCGGCGGAGGCGGGGAAAAAGGGGGAGCGGAGAGGGUGAGGGCAGGGGGAGAGGGCGCGAGGGGAAGCGGAGAGGAGGCGAGGGAAGGGGGCGUGGCGCGCGGUAGCAGUAGGCCCCGGCGCGCGAGAGUGGCCAGCAGUGGCGACGCCGUCAACGCGGGCGCCGCCAGUGCAGGCGCGGUUCCAGGACCAGGCACUGCAGCAGCGGACGCCGCACACACAGCAGAUGCGCAAGCAGCAGCAGCGGCGCCGCUGACGCGCAGAUUUCCCACGGCCCCGCAAACAGUCCAUUCCGCCAAGCCUGCUGCGCCACUCAGCAACAGCGGCGAGGGGGGGGCGGGUGCGGCCGAGGGGACGUGGCCGGGCGAAAUGGUGGGGGAGGGGGGAAGACGGGGGGAAGCGGGGGAGCAGAUGCGGGUUGGGGCGAGGCCGGGCAGUGGUAGAGCGGGGAUGAGACGAGGGCUCGGGGUGGGGCAGGCGGGCGCGCGCAUGGGCGCGGGGAUGGGAGGGGGAGGCGGGGCGCAGAGGCCUGUGACUGCUGGCGGCAGGCUGGUUGUGGCAGGGGCCGGCAACAGCCGAGGCGGUGAGGGCAGCGAUGCAGCAGGCAGCGAGACGGGCGUGGGCGAUGGGGGGAGCUGGAAGGCCCGCCCGACACACGCUCAGCAGGGCGUGGGGCAGCAGGGCGUGGGGCAGCAGGGCGUGGGGCAGCAGGGCGUGGGGCAGCAGGGCGUGGGGCAGCAGGGCGUGGGGCAGCAGGGCGUGGGGCAGCAAGGGGUGGGACAGCAGGGGAUGGGGCAGCAGGGGAUGGGGCAGCAGCAGGGCAGCGCAGGAGGGCAGAGUGGGGCGGGGCAGGAGCAGCAGAGGAGGGAGCGGCGGCAUGUGCGGCAGGCGAGUCUGCAAGUGGACGCAGUGCAGCGCCUGCACGGCACCAAGGGCUCCGCCUCCCCUCCCCACGCACCAGCCAUGCCCCUGCCCCGCCGCCCCCACACCGCCCUCGCCCGCUCCCCCUCGCCCUCCCCCUUUCCUCCGCCCUCCACCGCUGCGCCGCCUGACGCGCGUUCCUCCUCGUCCCGCUCCGCCACCUCCUCCCCCUCCCCCCCUAUCCGCCCCCAGCCCCCCUCGCCCCAAGAGGACCGCUCCCCCCGCGGCCUCUCGCAGUCCCCCCCGCGUGGGGGUCCCCCCGCGCCCCUGCACGCGGCAGCAUGCGCGGAAGCAGGGGGGGGCAGCGAGGGUGAGACAAGGGGGUCCGCGAGGGCGGGGGAGAGGGGCGGAGGAGGGGGGCGGGGUGGGGUGAGAGCGAUGGGGCGGAGCAAGGCGAGUGGCAUGGGGCGGGCGAAGGGUGUGAUGGGCGUGGAGCGAGCGCAAAUGGGAAUGGAAAGAGGUGUGAUGCGCGCAGAAGCAGGGGGGGCGAUGGAGGGAGUGGAUGGAGGGGCGGCGGGCGGACGAGGCAUCCCUGAAGGGGCACACAGUUCCCUGCGCCAGCAACCGCUGCACGGUCCAGUCAGCGCUGACGUGGCACCAGCAGCAGCAGCAGGAGCAGCAGGAGCAGAAGCGAGCUCGCAUUGGAAUUCAAAUAAUCAUGGUGGCAGUGAGAGAGGGGGUGAGGGGAAUGGAGUGGUUGGGGCUGUUGCAGAGGCCAGGAAGGUCCGUGCAGGCGGGCAGAGCAGCACAGGCAGCAGCACUGAGCUUGCGCCACGAGCGGGCGGCAACGGACGGCUGCGAUCGAGUGUGAGUUUCGGGCAGGCCAGUGCGUGUGAGCUGCGCUCUGCUGCUGCUCCCACUGCCACCGGCACUGGCGCUGCCACCACUGGCAGCAGCGGCGGCACCAGCAGUGCAGGGGAUAGCAGCGAACGAGGUGGGGAGGGGGAGGGGGAGGGGGAGGGGGAGGGGGAGGGGGCGGGGGCGGGCGCUGCAGGGGGCAGGGCGGAGAUGGUCGCUGGCAGCAGGGCGGGCGGCGCGGAGGGGCAUGCAAAGGGAGGGGCGGGGCGGCGGUUAACUCGCGCCCUGAGCGCCAUGGAGGGGCGCGGUCAUGCGCCUUGGGGGCCAGCUGCAGGGGCUGGGGAGGGCGGUGGGGGGAGUGGUGGUGGUGGGGGGGGGGGACAGGGCUCCAAAGGGCUGAGUGAAGGGGAGGGCGCAAGUGGUGGGCUGGGGAGGCAAGGGGGGGCGAGGGCGCGUCCAGAGCAGAUGGCGGGGGAGGAAGGCAGAGAAGGCGAGAGGGGGGGAGGAGGGGUGAGUGCAGGUGAGAGCAGUGGGUUCAAUGGCAGGGGAAGAAAGGCGCGAGAGGGACCCGCCAGAAGUUCGGGUGGGGAAGGGGGAGCAGCAGCAGCAGGGGUGGCGAGACCCGAGGCACACACAGGUGCCGCUGUGGCCCUCGCUUCUGCCCCUUCCCCCGGUAGUGAGUCGGGGAGGGGCAGGGGCGUGCAGAUGGGUGGGGAGAGGUGGACAGCGGCACAGAGGGCUGCAGCACGGGACAUGCAGUGGGAGAGGGAGCGGGAGAGGGAGAGCGGCAGGGGCAGAGCGACCCGCGGGAGAGAGAGGAACCGGUCGAAUCCUGCCACUCCCACAGGCACCUCCCGCACACCACGAGGGGCCGUGGAGGGUGGGGGGACGCCGAGGGGUGUGGCGGAGGGAGGAGGGGGUGCUGCGGGUGAAGGGGCGGAGGGAGGGGGCGGGUCAGGGGAAGAAAAAGCGGGGCGUGCACGUGCAAGGCGGGGUAGGAAGGGUGCGGGCGAGGGGGGGGUGAGGCGAGGGGAGGCUGGUGAUGAGGGCGAGAGGAGUGGCCGGGCGAGUGAUGGGAUGGUGGAGGGAGGGAGUGUGCGGCAGCAGAGAGGCUUAGAGGAUGGGCGGAAAGGGCGAGAGGGAGGUAGAAGGGGCGGGGAGAGCAGUGAAAGUGGUGUGGUUGGAAGGGAGAGAGAGGGGAGAGAAGCGGCACAAGUGGAGGGUCUAGGAGAGGAAGGGCCAGGGGGCAUGGCAGGAUUGGGCUCAUCUGGCUUCAAGGGGUUGGCACAACCACGGAUGCAGCAGCAGACAGAGCAACUGCAACAGCAGGCGCAGCAGCCGCAACAGCAGCAGCAGAGGGAGAGGGAGGGGCAGGGGUGGCAGCAUGGGCAGGCAGUGCAGGGGGAGGCAGAGAAUGGGAGUGGCAGCAGAGGGGGCAGCGCACAGGAGGGCGAGGUGGAGGUGGGUGCAGUGGGUGGUGGGGGCGGGGUGGGUGGGGCAGGCGGGGUGAGGGGGCGGCGAGGGGAGGUGGUGACAAGCCGGCCGUGGCACGCGCGUGUGGGGGAGGGGAGGGGUGGGCGCGCGUGGGACGAGUCAGCAGCCAUCGGGGCGCCGGUCACGCUGCUUGCUGCCGUGGGCAGCGGCAGUGCGGCGGAACUUGCAGUACGGCCCAUGCCAUUCACUGGGGUUGCUGCUGCUGCUGGGGUUGCUGGUGGGGUUGCUGGUGGGGUUGCUGCUGCUGGUGGGGUUGCUGGUGGGGGGGGUGCAUGUGAGGCGAUGCCGCUGACGCCGCCUGUGCUGUCCCUCACGGAGCAGCGCCUGCUGGCAGCCCGGCACGGCGCAGCAGGGAGUGCAGGGGGCGGAGCAGCAGGGGGGGCAGCAGUGGGGGGCGGCAGGAGGGGGGCGCGAGCCAUGGUGAAGAGCAUGUCCAUGUCCGCCGCCGACCUGCACCUUGUGCCCUCGCCGCACGCCACUCCGCCCCCUGACGCUUCUGCCGGGAGGGUUGCCAUGGGCACCGGUGUAAGCACCGGCACGGCCGUGGGCGUGGGCGUGGGCGUGGGCGUGGGCGUGGGCGUGGGAGCGGGAGCAGGCUCUCGAUCUAUGGCCAUUUCUCGCACAUCCUCCUCCUCCGGCCGCCCCGCAUUCCCACGCGCUGCUUCUACUUCUGCUGCUGCCGCAGCUGCAGAAAGUGCGUCUGCACACUCACUUGCCAUGCACCCCGGCCAAUCCGUGCCUCCUGCCAGUGACACUGCAUCAGCCGCCAUGUUCCUGGGCAUGGGCCUCCCUGCCGCUCGCAACUCUGAUACCUCUGAGCGCCUGCUUCGCCUCACAGCGCGGUGGAGCGAGGUGCAAAGCGGUGGCGGCGGGCGGACGGGGGCAGGAGUGCACUCGGAUACGCCAAGGCUGGGCAGCGGCGUGGGGGGAUCCAUGGACCUGCGGCGAGCAGCCUUCCAUGCAAGCAUGGGCGCCGGCACGAGCAUGGGUGCAAGCAUGGGCAUGGGCGUGGGUAUGGUGGGCAUGGGCACAGGAGGAGGGAGGGUUGGCGGGGGCAUCCCAGCAUGUUCGAGUGCGGAGGCGGAUGUACCCGCGUGGGCGGCUCCCCAAGGGGACAGUGGGGGCGCAGAAGCAGGUGGGGGGAGUGCAGCAGCAGGUGCAGGUGCAAGAGGUGGUGGGGCGGGCAGGCGGGCAGGAGGAGGCGGUGCGAGCGGGCGGUCUGGGCUGGGAGGAGAGGGGGGCCUCACCCGCGGUGGGUCGGGUGUGAGUGGUGCUGUGAGUGGUGCUGUGGGCGGUGGGAUGAGAGCAGGUGCACCUGCGGGUGCUGCGCUGCGGCGCCAUGGCAGCAUGUCUCUGCACCAGCAGCUCGUGGCUCCUCCUGUUGGCACGUGGCAGGAGCAGGCCGUGCAAGCUGGUGCUGUGCCCGGCACGGGCAGCACCCGGCAUGAGCUUGCCCGCAGCGCCAGCAGCAGCGCUGCCAGGCUUAGGGGCGCGGCGGUGGGGGUCGGGGUGAGAGGCGGGUGGGAAAAGGGGAUGUUGAGGAGUGAUGGUGAGCGGGAACAGAGCGGAGGUGGGAGAGAGGGGAGCGGAGGAGGGAGAGAGGGGAAUGGAGGUGCAAGAGAGGGGAGUGGAGGAGCAAGAGAGGUGAGUGGAGGAGGGAGAGAUGGUAGCAGAGGAAGAAGAGGGGGUAGUGGAAAAGGGAGAGAGGGGAGUGGAGGAGGGAGAGAGGGGAGUGGAGGAGGAAGAGAGGGAAGUGGAGGAGUAAGAGAGGGGAGUGGAGGAGUAAGAGAGGGGAGUGGAGGAGUAAGAGAGGGGAGUGGAGGAGUAAGAGAGGGGAGUGGAGGAGUAAGAGAGGGGAGUGGAGGGGACGGUGGGUGGGCAGAGGCAGCAGCAGCAGUGGCAUUUGGGACAGCAGCAAGUGGGACAGCAGCAAGUGGGACAGCAGCAAGUGGGACAGCAGCAAGUGGGACAGCAGCAAGUGGAUCUAUAACAGGGAGGUCAGCUGCAAGGGUGAAAGCGAUGAGGGGAACAGCAGCAGGGGGAACCACAGAGAAGGGAGUGGACGUAGGGGCAGCAGGAGGAGGGGAAGCAGCAGCAAGGGGAGCAAGAGCAGCUGGAGAAGCAGCAGGAGGAGGAGGAGCAGCAGGGGCAGCAGCAGCAGGGGCAGCAGCAGCAGCAGCAGCAGCAGGAGGAGGAGGAGGAGGAGGAGCAGCUGGGGCAGCAGCAGCAGGAGCAGCAGGGGCAGCACCAGCAGUAGCAGGGGCAGCAGGGGCAACAGGUGCAGCAGGGGCAGGGAGCAGCAGGGGAGGCGGCAGGGUGGCAGGGAGGACACUGCGCAAGAUGGCGAGUGACAACUUCCGCUCCUCCGCCCGUCCCAUGGGCAAGGCCAUGGGCAGCCAUGGGGGCAUGGGCAUGGGCAUGGGCAUGGGCAUGGGCAUGGGCAUGGGCAUGGGCAUGGGCAUGGGCAUGGGCAUGGGCAUGGGCAUGGGCGUGGAUGGGGUGAGUGCAGGAGGCAACAGAGCAGUGAGGCUGUCCUCUACAGCCAGCUCGCUGGACCUCGCUGUGCCCUCUGCUGCUGCUCUUGCUGCCUCCGCCUCUGCUGCUCGCCCGGCUGGUACUGCUGGCGUGGGCACAGCCGGUUGGAGGGGGGAUGCACGGAGGAGAGGGGGCAAUGAGGGCGGUGGGGAGGAGAGGCGGGGGGAGGAGGAAGGGAAGGUGGGCAAGGAGGAGGCGGUGACGCCGUCGAAGGCGAGCAGAGAGGACAGUGUGACGCCCAGCCGCCUGUCGCGCGCCCGGCGAGCUGUUCUGAGUGCUGCUGGUAAGGAGCGGCGGCGCGCUGCUGGGAAGGGUGGUGAGGGAGAGGAGGAAGAGGAGGAAGAAGAGGAGGAAGAAGAGGAUGGAGAGGAGGAGGAAGAGGAGGAGGAGGCUGAGGAGGUGGGAGGGGAGGAGGGAGUGACAGACGCUGAGAGCGAGGAGGAUUCAAGCAUUCCUGUGGCGGCCCAGGCAGUCAGUGCGCACCAUAGCAGCGGAGAGCAGAGUGGAGCAGCAGCAGCAGCAGGGGGCAAGGGCAAGGCGGGGCUGCUGAGCAAGGCAGCCAAGGGCAUGCGGGGUCUGGGCGACCGCAUCACACGGGCGCGGCUGAGGCUGCUGCAGGGCGGGCAGGCGGACGUGCUGGGGAGGGGGUUCUCGGACGUGCGUGGGGAGUAUGACGUGGACGGGGGCCAGCAGGUGGGCAGCGGGCAGUUCGGUGUCAUCCGCGUGGUGACACACCGGGCAACUGGAGAGCGCCUGGCGUGCAAGUCCAUCAGCAAGACGUGCCUCAAGUCGAAGGCGGAUGCGGCGGACAUAAGGAGGGAGGUGGCCAUACUGGAGCAGCUCAAGGACCACCCCAAUGUCGCCCGCCUCGCUGCUGCCUUUGAAGACCCCAAGGAGGUGCAUCUGGUGAUGGAGCUGUGUGAGGGCGGGGAGCUGUUCGACCGCCUCAAGGCGAAGCGAGUGUACGAGGAGGGCGAGGCGGCAGCAGUGCUGCGCACGCUGGUGGACGUGCUGAGGCACUGCCACGCCAUGGGGGUGGUGCACCGCGACGUCAAGCCCGAGAACAUCCUGCUUGUGUCGCAGCACAGCGACACCGAUGUCAAAGUCAUCGACUUUGGCAUUGCUGCCUUCUACAAGCCUUCGCGGCCGCUGACGGAGUUUGUGGGGUCGCACUACUACAUGGCGCCGGAGGUCAUCGAGGGCAGCUACGGCCCACCGGCGGACGUGUGGAGUGCAGGAGUAGUGCUGUACGUGCUGUUAUCAGGAGUGCCGCCCUUCUGGGCGCGCUCGGAGGACGGCAUCAUGCAGGCCAUCCUGGACUGCCGCCUGCGCUUCAAGCCCGAGGUGUGGGGCAAGCGCUCCCACCUCGUGCAGGACCUCAUCCGCCGCAUGCUCACACGGGAUCCCAACCUCCGCAUCACCCCCGCUGGCGUUCUUGCUCAUCCGUGGAUGGCAUCUGCAGCGCAAGCAGAUGAGUCGCAGCCGCAGUGA